AGGUAUGAAGCCAAGUGCAUUAAGAAAAUUGUUGGUAUACUCAAAAGCAAGCAAGCUAGCAAGCACCCGAGGGUUGGGAACCAUCUUGUACGGAUGGCUCCAAACAUUUUAGCAUUGAAAGAUAUCAUCCUCACAACCAAAAACUAUACAGUGCAGGCAAUGGUCAUUGAAAAGAACAUCCCAAGAAUGACAACCACCAACAGUUCCCUAUAUCAAAGGAUGAUGCUCCAAGACAAAGAGGGAAACAUGAUACAAGCAACAAUCUUUGGAGACAACAUCAAAGUUUUGGAACAUACGCUCAAGCUCUACCAUGCGUAUUCCAUUACAAAUGCUGCUGUUAGCGAAACUCCAAAAGAGUUUCGCUUCCUGAAAAAUAUACACCAGUUGGCCAUUAGCGCGCGCACACCAGUUGAAGAAAUACAAAUUGAUGGACUUACACCGAGGACAAUGAAAUACAACUUCACUCCAAUCGUCGCUCUCCCGCAAAUCAGAGACCCUGAUCCAAAACUAGAUGUGCUGUUUGCUAUUUUGGAAGUUGGACCACGGAAAUAUAUAAAUGACUCAUAUGUCGUGGAAGUUCGAGUAGUCGAUCAAAGUUACCAACCAACAAUUAUAUCACUGUGGGGCCAAUUUAGUGAUUAUGAAGCACCUGUAAUGGCAACUUUGCCAGGCAAUUUCCCAGUGGCAAUUGGAUUGCGAUUGAAAACUUCAACAUACUACGGUCUAACGCUUGCCACACGAAGCACGUCAAGUUUCAUCUUCAACCUGCCAAUACCAGAGGCAACUACACUGCAGUCAUGGUGUGUAAUCAACGCAAGAAAAAUCAAAGAACUGCCAACAGCACCAUCAGCGCAGCUUCUGAUGCCAAAGCCAACCGAAUAUUCAGAAGAUGAUAUCAUCAAAAUUGUCAACCUCCCCAUAUCAGUAGACAAGACACAGUACCUGAAUGUGCAAGGCAUAGCAAGAGUCACCGAUUUCACACAAAACUUCUAUUACCUCGCUUGCUCACUCUGCAAUAAAGCAACAAAUGCAUUUGGAGAUGGAGAUUUUUUGUGCAACUACUGUGUCCAAAAAGUACCAGCCCUAACAAAGAUCAAAUUCAAUGUCCAGAUCACAGAUCUAACUGGAAAAAUUGAAGCAACAGUGUUUUCAGAGGUUGCAUCAGAAUUCUAUGGCAUUACAGCAACAAAUGCAAUCGAUGGACAACUUCCCCUUCCAAUUCUUCAGAAACUUGGCAAACCAAAGAAAUGCAUCGUCACAUUGAAGGCCUACAUGUACAGUUAUGCAGGAAUCAGCCAAUUAAAGUUCAACGUUCACUCUAUCUCUGGCGAAGACAUCGCAGAGACAACAAACCAUUCGGAAAUCAUUUUCGCUCUACCUCCAAACACUCCAAAUAAGAAAAGCAAAAAGAGAGACCACAAGUCCACAACCCAAGCACCUUAGCCUCCCGCCCAGCAAUGGACACGCAAUGGUCAACAGCCCAACAAAAAACUCUCUAAUUAACAACUGAAGAAACUUCCAACAGCCCAACAAGAACAAAUAGUCAGCUUCUUCCAUCAGCUUCAAACCUUUCCAACCCUUUGGCAUGAAGAACUUUCAAUUCAGAGACUUUUGCUUUUUCUAACUUGCAAGAACUCUACUUUGAUGCAGCCCUUUUGCAAUCAUAUAGAUAAACCUGUAGCUAAAGUCGUGCAGUUAGUCAUAAUCACAGCUACUUAUGUAUAACUAAACUUUUGUUGACAGCUACGUACUUAUGAUCAAACUUAUCCAUACAACUUUUGCUAUACUCAUCCACAUUCAUAAUUCCAAAAACAAUCAAAAUCAAUCUCCACAACGGGUAUGACAGAUGUGUCUUGCAUGUCGCCAUGCACCUAGAUAUAUAGAAAAAAAAAUGGCAUGUGUGGCUUUUGAAUGGAAAAUGAUACUUUAUUUCAAUUGAAUUCACAAUGCGUUGCGUCAUGCAUUCAGGCACGAGAUAGUUUUUUCUUUCUUUGGUGCAAAUAUUGCCUACUCCAUCAUCAUCAGUGGGGUUAGUGGGA